GUGCGUCCGCACACCCCCAAAUUAUAUAUAAUUCUAAUGUAAAACGUAUAAUUCGAAGAAUGAGGUGGAAUUACAAAGGAAACAAAAUACUUAUAGGAUUAUGCAAAAGUUUACACAUUUUAGCGUGAAAUUAACGUGUUGGUGGAUAAGGAGCCAGAAAAAUGAUACGACGAAAUAGAACAAGGCACAAGGUUUACUUUCUUAGUGUGAUAUUAGGAAUUAUUCUGUUCUACAAUGAAUUUCUUGUCUACGAAAUUCAGGUAUAUAAAUGGUCUCUACGUAAAUGCACGGAUUGCGUUGUGGUGUUACUUAUAGCCGACCCACAGAUUCUUGGAUAUCAAAAUGAAAACUAUAAAGGUUCGGCAUGGGCCAUUUGGGAUAGCGAUAGAUACUUAAAAAAUACUUUUUCAAGAGCAAUAAGACAUACUAAACCGAAUGUAAUUGUAUUUCUCGGUGAUUUGAUGGAUGAAGGGCAUAUCGCUUCUACAGAAGAUUUUGAAAAAUAUAAAAGAAGAUUAGCCAAUAUUUUUGAUACCUCUGACGAUAUUAUGAAAAUUUAUUUACCUGGGGAUAACGACAUUGGAGGAGAAGAAGAUAUGGUCUCUUCUCAUAUUCAUAACAGAUUUAAUUUUGCAUACACUCAACCGGAUACUUUAGUUUACAGUACAGCAACAUUUUUUAAGGUGAAUAGACUGACACAAUUAAUUCCAAGUGCUCCAAAGGAUGCAUUUUUAAAUGAUUAUGCUGAAAGAAAUAUUACGAAUGUUGUACUUAGUCACAUGCCCUUGCUAUUUAUGCCAGGAACCUUUGUGCAAAAUGUUCUUAAAGAAUUAUCCCCGCAAAUUAUUUUUACUGCACACGAACAUAAAGCAAUGCAUAUAAGUUUAGAUACAGCAACGGAUCAGCUAAGUAAAAUAUGGAUUCUCCCUCCUCAAGAAACCGCGCUCUAUCAAUUGAGACUCGAUAUGGGUGAUAUACAUGAAUUACAAGUACCGACGUGCUCUUACAGAAUGGGAAUGGCUAACGUAGGCUUUGGAUUAGCAUAUAUUGAUACUCAAGAGAAAACGCUGGAUUUUACAGUAUUGUGGUUACCAGACAGAUUCUAUCAACUUUGGCUAUAUUUAUUUUCGUUAGGCUUAGUAAUAAUCUUUUCAGUCUUCUUUAUUUGUGGAAUUUGUAAGAAUAAUCACAUAGCUUAUAGCCGUGUGCCUAUAUAAUAAUCGCAUAGCUUAUAGCCAUGUGCCUAUACUAAUAUUUAUUAAAUAUGAGAAUUUGGACUUUAUUCUAAGUUUCAAAUAAAAUCGAAAAUGCAAUCUAUCAAUAUUGUACAUAAAACGAUGAAAGAAUCUCAUAAUUUUAAGCAAACGAAUGUACUUGCAAUAUAAACGGUUACUUAUGUAAAUGUAGGAUAUUUUGGAAUGCUUAAUUUAAUAUAUUUUACAAUUGUUCAGUACUUUUUAAUUAAACA